GUGUCUCUGGGCUGUGUCUCUUUCUGUCCCAUGAUCCUGAUGGACGCGGUGAUACUGAAGUUCAUCGUGAAUAACGGCGGCGCGGCGGUGACCGGGGACCUGCUGUUCAACCUGUGCGACGCGACCACGUUUUUACGCAUCAUAAACGGCGACGAGAAGUUUGUGUCGUGCUCCGUCGGCGGGACUCCGAAGGUGGUUGUCCGGAGCAGAGUGAGGCUGUGCCGGGUCAGAGAGUGUCCGGGCUGCGCGGGGCUGCACCUCUGCAAGAACUUCCUCCUGUCUGGAGCGUGUCACUUCAGCCAGCGCAGGAGAGGAUGCCUGUUCUCCCACGAUCUGGACUCCAGUCACAACAUGGAGGUGCUGAGGGCCAACGGUCUGGAGACUCUGACCAGGGCGGAGCUGUGUCUGCUCCUGCUGCAGAGUGACCCCACACUGCUCCCACAGAUUUGCUACAACUACAACAACGACCAGUGCAGAGAUGGCUGCCACAGACUCCACAUCUGCGAGAAGUUUGCCGCCUGCAGCUGCCCCCGGACCCACGACUUCUCCGCUCCACAACCUUUGAAAAUCCUGCAGGAAAAACAGAUCCCUGAACAUCUGAUGAGCUCUUUAAAGUCUGUGUAUGCUAACAAGGACGUGCUGAGGUUCGCCGAUAAGAAGGCAGGACGCAACGGGAACGAGGGCAGCAGUUUGGCCAAAAGAUCUUUUUCCUGUGGGGACCUUCUCGGAGCUGUUGAUGUCGAGGUGGGCGGAGACGGGGCGGGGCGAGUUAACCAAAGACAACGAGAUAAAACCGAGAUCUGCAUGUAUUUCAUCAAAGGACACUGUAAACAUGAAGAUCGCUGUUUCAAAGCUCAUGACAAGAUGCCGUACAGAUGGGAGAUCAGAAGGGGGCGCCAGUGGACCGCUCUUGCUGAAAAUGAGACCAUAGAGAAAGACUACAGCGACCCCCAGAAAGUGUACAGUACGUCCAGUCCUCCUGUGUAUUUCGACACUAUGACGUGUGGGACAGAGGACGUGAGGCGUCUCUCGACUGUGAACUCUGUGCUGCAGCCGGACUUUAUCCACACCACAGACUGGCUCUGGUACUGGGAGGACGAGUACGGCGUCUGGAACCAGUACGCAGCUGUGUCGAGUGAGCAUCGCAUGGCCAGCAUCACCAGCAAAGACCUGGAGGAGAUGUAUCUGCGGAAGGACACGGACGCUGUGGAGUUCUCUGCGGGAUCUCAGAAAUACUCUCUCAGUUUUCAAGACAUGAUUCAGACGAACUUAAAACACGGCACCAAGCGUCUGGUGAGGAGACGGCCGCGGUUUGUCUCUGCGGCUGAAGUCCAGAACACCAGAAAACGACCAGCAAACUCUACUGCUGUACCGGACUACUGGGACAAGACGCAGAUCUCUCAAACUGGAUACAAGCGAGUGACGGUGCCGCCCGCCUCAGAGGAAUAUAAAGAGAUUCAACAGCUCUUCUCUCAAACUAUGACGGAUUUUAACCUCGUCCAAAUCGAGAGGAUCCAGAACAAAGCCUUGUGGGAGGCCUUCCAGCUGCAAAAAAAUCACAUGAAGAACAACAACGGGAGAAAACCAGUCCUGGAGAAGAAGCUUUUCCACGGGACAGAUCCUAAAUAUGUGGACGCGAUCUGUGCCACAAACUUUGACUGGAGAGUGUGUGGACUCAAUGGGACGUCUUUCGGACAAGGAAGCUACUUUGCCCGAGACGCCAAGUACUCCCACCGCUACACCGGCGACUCCGACCCACGCUUCAUGUUCGUGUCUCGAGUUUUGGUCGGAGAAUUCGCCAGAGGCUCGUCGGAGUACAGACGCCCUCCUUCUAGAGACGGAGGAGACGUGAACCUGUUCGACAGCUGCGUCAACAACAUCGACAACCCGUCUAUUUUUGUCGUAUUCGAAAAACAUCAAAUAUAUCCCGAAUACUUGCUGCAGUAUGAACAGCCGAGCGUAGCUGACACACGGUUAAACGAGGCACUUACGAUGUCAAGAAGGCUAACGAUGGCCAGAGUAGCUAACCCCAUCGCUGCCAUUUUGGAUCAGUCCAAUCCAAGAGUCGAUGCGCCGAUAUUAACGCCAAUAUUUAAGCCGGAAAUAACCCACACCAAACCACUACAGCGGUCAGAAACGGUAACGAAGCCCGGCGUAACCGCAAAACCCUUAACUAAGCGGGACGUAUCUAAAGCUGGAGAGCUAGCUUUGUCGCUAUCUGCCGCCGUAGGUCAGCAACAAACUGGAGAGCUAGCUUUGUCGAGAGGUGCUAUGAUAAAAAAACUAAAAGCUAGAGAGCUAGCUUUGUCGAGAGCUGCUGCGAUAGAAAAACUAAAAACUGGAGAGCUAGCAUUGAGGAGAUCUGCUACGAUAGAACAACUAAAAGCUAGAGAGCGAGCUUUCCCGAGAGCUGCCGCCGUAGAAAAAAUGGAAACUGGAGAGCGAGCUUUGUGGAGGUCGGAUACGAUAGAACAACCAAAACCUAGAACACUAGCUUGGUUGCGAUCUGCUGCCGUAGAACAACCAAAAACGGUCCUAAGCGACGACUCGGGAAUCGUUUAUUCAGAACCAAAGCGUGUGGUUAUUCCAAGUUGCUUCACCUCCUCAGAGCGUUCUUCUUCUCACUCUGUCGUGUCAUCGAGCCGAUCCUCCACUCCGGCGUCUUAUUCGUAUUUGCAGGAUUGGGUUAAAAAAUGAUAAAUUAAAAGUGACAGAUUAGAUUAGACUGCGCUUUUCGCUAAAACAAAGUUAAACGUCAUUGUGUUUAAAGGGCUUUUUAUUACGCCUGCAGAUUUAGGCAGAUUCAGGCUGAGUUCUUCUCUCAAACGCUCUGUUCCACCUUGUGAUGUCAUCGCGUGGUGAUACAGGAAGUGCUCCACUGUGUUUUUAAACUUCACACACCUUCACUUCUAGAAUAAUUUGGAUAAUUUCAGCCCUGGAAUUGCCACUUAUCUCUGCUAAACUAAAGGUAAAAGGAGCUGUUAACUUGUAAAACUACCACUUGAUGACAUCACAAGGUGGAACAGAGCGUUUUGAGCUUUGGAGAUGUCACAGACGAAACAAAUCACAACUCCAGGUCUGUUUUUGAGGAGGAAACAACAUUAUAACACGACUUAAAGCUCAAAAGAGUCAGUUUUGUGUAAUAUAGGACCUUUAAAGUGCAUUAUGUAACUUUUCCGGUGGGAGGGACGUUGCUCGUUUGUUUCCAUGGAGACUUUACUGCUUUUCCUGGAGUGUUUCACAGCAGUACGGCAUUAAACCUGGCUAUCUUGCAUUUAUUCAGUUAUUCAAAUGUGUCCAAGGCAAAGCAGUCACGUCGCCAUGGAGACGAGAAGAUGGCGGACUCUUCACGAGAAAAGUUACAUAAUACAGAUUUAAGGAAUAUCUGUUUUUACACUGGAUCUGUUGUAUUUUAAAGCAAAAAUUUAGCAACUCUAGUGCUGAUCAGUGAUGGUAGAAGUACUCCAUUUUGAAAAGUAAAAGUAAAAGUCAGGGCGAAAAAAUACUCAAGUAAAAGUAUCACAUGAAAAAAUCUACUUAAGUAAGUUCCUUUUUCCCAUUAGAUUUGAGCCGUGGAGGGUUGAAUAAAUCACUUUUAUGACUCGUUAUAGACACAAAACUAUUUAGUGUUUUUUUCUACUUUUCUUCCAUUACAGUUUGUGUUUUUGAGCUUAACGUUUAGAAUCGUUUUUUGGGGAUAAUUCUACUCAAAAGUCGCAUAAAUCAGUUUCAAUACUAAUUAUUUAUCAGCUACUUUCUUCCUUCUCUUUGUUUUUUAUUAACCUCCCCCCUUUCUCUUCCUCUCUCUCUCUCCCUUUCUCACAUUAUUCCUCCUUUCCUCUUUCUCCCUCUCUCCCUCUUUCUCUCUCCUCUUUCUUUCUCACCCUUUCUCUCCCUGUCUCAAUCUCUCCCUCUCCUCUUUCUUUCUCUCUCUUUCUCUCUCUCUUUCUCUCCAUUUCUUCCUCUUUCUCUCUCCUCUUUCUUUGUCACCCUCUCUCUCCCUGUCUCUGUCUCUUGCUCUCUCUUUUUCUCUCCAUCUCUCCCUCUCUCUCUCCUCCUUCUUUCUCCCUCUCUCUCUUUCUCUCCAUUUCUUCCCCUCUCUCUCCUCUUUCUUUCUCACCCUCUCUCUCCCUGUCUCCGUCUCUUGCUCUCGCUCUUUCUUUCGCUCUCUUUCUCUCCAUUUCUCCCUCUCUUUCUCUCUCUUCUUUCUCACCCUCUCUCUCCCUGUCUCUGUCUCUCUCUUUCUCCCUCUCUCUCUCUCUGUUUCGUUUAUCAUCUAUUUUUACUUCAGUGAUAUAUCGGAACUUCGAAAUACGUUAUCGUGAAAGGCGGAAUAAAGCGAAUAGAUACGUUAAAAGUCUUACUGGGGAAAAUUCCAGGCAAAUACGGCAACGUCGUAUCCAUGGAGACGAGCAGAAAAGUUACGUAAAAGAGAAACAGCGUCGUUCGGUAAUAAAUGGGGAAACUUGAACUUCAUAUGUCCCGUAAAUAAAAAAUACAGGAAAAAUAUAAAAAAAAACACCAAACUCUUAAACUGGACGAUGAACACUGGAAAAAAAUAAAAUAAAUAAAUAAAAUAAAAAUACGGGACAUAUAAAAAAAUAAAUAAAUAAAUCUAUGCUCUGUAAAAAUUUAAGUGAUAAUACUAUUACUACUAAAUAAAUAAAUAAAUAUGUAUAUAAAAAAAAAGUUUUAUCACAUGUCACAUAUUUGUAUCAUAGACAUCAUGUUUAUAUAAAUAAUAUAUAAAUGGACAUAGCGAACAUGCUAGCUGGCACGUUCCAAACAGGAAGUGCUCCAUCGACUCUGGCUUCAGUUCACUUUCUAUUGAAAAACUGUGUCCUCUCUGUCCAUAACUGCUGCUUCAGACUCGUCAUUUUAGUCUUAAAUGUAUUAACCCUCUACAUGAUCCUGGGGUUCAUUUUUAAGUUUAUUUUUAAGUUUGUUUUUUUUUUGUUUGUUUGUUUUUUUUUAUUAUUAUUUUGAGGGUUACUUUGUUUUGUUUUGUUUUUUUAAAUUAUUUUUUUAUUUUGCAUUUUUUUUAUUUAUUUUUUAAUUUUUAAUUUUUGGUUAUUUUGAGUUGUUUUUUAUUAUUAUUUAUUUUAUUGUUUAUAUUGUUAUUUUGAGUUUAUUUUUCUUUUCUUUUCUUUUUUUUAUCUGUGUCCUCUCUCUGUAUUUGCUGCUUCAGACUCAUUUUGGUCUUAAAUGUUCCUCUACAUGAUCCCGGGGUUUUUAUUUCACUAUUGUGUCGUAAAUCAAGAUCUGAACAUUAAUAACAGACAAAUCCGACGCCGUCUUUCCCCGAGGUCGCUCCUGUUACCGUUAGCAACAGGUUUGACUGAACACAUCCUGUCGUGUUCUUCAUGUUUGAUUGUA